AGGGAGAAGCAAUACAAUUGCAAUGGCAAGCAGCUCCCAAGUUAUAACUUGCAAAGGAGCAAUAUGCUGGGGAAUAGGAGAGGCAGUGAAGGUAGAAGAGAUACAAGUAGAUCCUCCAAAAGCCUCCGAAGUUCGUGUUAAGAUGCUCUUUGCUAGUAUCUGCCACACAGACUUCUUGAGAGCUCGAGGCCACCCAUAUGUGAGAUCCUAUUUACCCUCUUUUCCUCUUGCACUAGGCCAUGAAGGUGUAGGUGUUGUGGAGAGCGUGGGGGAAGAAGUGAAAGAUUUCAAAGAAGGAGAUGUGGUGAUUCCAAUAUACAUUGGGGAAUGUGGAGAAUGUGAGAAUUGUGUUUCAGAGGAAUCAAACUUAUGCCUGAGAUAUCCUUUAAGAGUGAGUGGGCUAAUGCCUGAUGACACAUCAAGGAUUUCUGUUAGAGGGGAAAAGGCUUACCAUGUGUUUAGCUGCUCAACAUGGUGUGAGUACAUGGUUAGUGAUGAAAAAUAUCUUAUGAAAGUUGAUCCAAGUAUUGAUUUGGCUCAUGCUAGCUUCAUCUCUUGUGGAUUCUCCACUGGUUUUGGAGCUUCUUGGAAGACAGGCCAAGUUCAAAGUGGGUCAUCUGUGGCUGUUUUCGGCCUUGGAGCUGUUGGAUUAGGGGCUAUAAGUGGAGCCAAGAUGAUGGGAGCGACAAAGAUAAUUGGGAUCGACAUAAAUGAGAAGAAAAGAGAAAAAGGAGAAGCUUUUGGAAUGACAGAUUUCAUAAAUCCUAAGGAUCAUUCUGAUAAGCCUUCUUCUCAACUGGUGAAGGACCUCACUGGUGGAUUGGGUGUGGAUUAUGCCAUUGAGUGCACUGGUGUUGCCUCUUUGCUCACUCAAGCCCUAGAAUCUACUAAAGUGGGGAGAGGAAAGGCAAUAGCAAUUGGGGUGGGAAGUGAAGAAUUUGUUCAAGUCAACUGGUUAGGUCUUCUUCUUGGGAGGACUUUGAAGGGUUCAAUUUUUGGAGGCUUGAAACCCCAAUCUGACCUUUCCAUUUUAGCCGCCAAAUGCAAGAACAAGGAUUUCCCAAUUGAGAAGCUUUUGACCCAUGAAGUCCCGUUGACAGAGAUAAACAAAGCUUUUGAGCUCUUGAAGCAGCCGGAUUGUGUCAAAGUUAUUAUCAAGAUGUGAUUGAUGUUUGAUUCCCCAUAUA